AUUAACUCAUCAACAAACCGCAAAAAUCGACUCAAAAAUCACUACUCAUAUGUAUGUGGCCGGCCGGUCAGCCAUCUCAGAUGUCGCUUUCGCUGUCCUCCUGCCACACGCGGUCGCCGAACUGGGGGCCCAGUGUGCGCAGCACUGCCGUCCGCGUGUGUGUGAGGCUGCCCGUCUCGGUCGUGAAGACGGCCACCUCGCUGUACCCGCCCGUAUAGCUGACCAGCAGGAUCACCAUGAUGCCCUCCCCUCCCUUGAGCACCAGAUAGCGGCGCCGCGUCAGCCCUCCCCCCUGUGCCGUGUCAAACACAUGCUCCACGCCCAUCCCAUUGGUGUCAUCCGUCAGGUUGGCGGCCCGGCCCAUCACCAGUUCGUGCGCUCGGCGAGCGGCGGACGAGACCGGGUGCUUGGUCGACAACCACGUCCGGAUGCGGUUCAGCCCCGUGUGUCUGCUGACGGCCCACAUGAUCAGCUGUUGGGCCAUCAGGCAGGUGUACGUCCGAUACACAUCGUCGCAGCUGAAUGGGCUGCGCGGCGGCUGCAGCAGGGUGGCGGGGUUUGCAGUGUCGAACGCCUCAGUGCCGAAGAGGGCCGUGGCGCUCUCCAGCACCACCGGCAGGUAUCGGUAGAAGAUAUUCGUCCACGAAACAAUCAUGCCGAACUGGUUCACCAGGGGGAAGGGCUGGCCCGUUUGCUGUCUGAUGAUGGUCCGCUCCGUGCUAAGCAGCACCCACUGCCGCUGAGCCUCGGGCAUCGCCACAUACGCCGCCUCGUCAGUGAUGGCGGCGAAGGUGGCGUCGCCGAGGAUGAUGGCCGCGCUGCCGUUGAGCAGGUACAGCAGCCACACGUGCGGCUUCCACUUGCCCCAGUUGCCGCCGGCAUUCUCCAGCACGAAGAGCCGCUUCGUCAGCCGCUUCAUCUGCAUGAUAAGGGCAGCAGCGGUCAGUGUGGCCGUCGCCCCCUGUGUCAGCUCCGGGAGCGGGAUCUGCAGCAUCGCCCCAAAACCCAUAGAGGCCGUCAACACCAUCAGCAUCUUCACCAACGCCGUCACGAGGUGGGCAAGGGGAAGGGCCUCGAAGCGGUUGCUCUUGUCGGCGCCGCUCAGGGCCAGCAGCGACGCCGAGGUGGGCACGAAGUCGCCCACCUUCUGCACGAGCUCCGGCGGCAGCUGCUUGAAGUCGACGCCCUCAGCCGCGCUGCUCUUGGGUGUGUUGGGGACGGCAGGGCCUCGGGCGAAGCGGCCUGUGGUGGCGUCAUGCCAGCGGCCGUGCUUGUCCUGGAACACCUUCUGGCCCUUGGCGUUGACCUUAAUGUCCUUUAUGCUCCGACGUGGAGGCACUGCAAACACCCCAAACACACACGCAGAAAUGACGUAUCGGAUGAGAAUGCAUCAGUUUGUGCGAUGCAUCAAAGGCACAGAGCGAUGCAUCAAAGCGAUGCAUCCAACAAAGGCGAUGCAUUCAUCUACUUGCGCUCUCCUUACAUACCGUCAGCAGAAUGGAUGAGUGUUCGGCACCUCAGACCCUCGCGCAGGUGCAAUCACUCG